GGCGAAGCAUUACCAGCUGCAAGCAAAAUGUGGGGGUGGUGUCGAGAUACGAUCAAAUAUUAUAAAUCUUAAAUAUUAUCAUCCCUUCAGAAUGAUGUUGAUACAAGACUAGACUUCACCAAAUGUCAUAAAUAAAACAAUCAAAAAUAUGUUGCCGAUUUACAAAUUAAGACACUGAAUUAGAAAACAAGUGAAUCAUAUAAUCGAAAAAAAUUCAGAACUUGUAAAUGUUGAUAUCGUUGAAGACAUUGAAAAAGAGAUAAAUGGGUGUGGAUUGUGAGGUUACUUACAAGAUGUCACGUGUUUCUGAUAUUGAGAGAUAUAUAGAAAAUGUUCGGCUUACAGUUCGGGCUCAACAAGCGGAUUUAACGGACCCUGAUGUUGAAAAGGACUUAACGGCAAUCAAGAAUGCGCUCCUCACAGGAAUGCGCCAGAGUGCCAAGUUCACCAAGAAUAAACAGCAACAACAAUCGGCACCAUCGAGUUCAAAUGAACUGAGAGUGAAGUGUGAUUUCCAAGGUGAAAAAAGAGCAAUGCAGAUUAGAAAACCAGUAAAGUAUGCAGACCUCUGUGAGAAAGUGAAACAAUACUAUGGCAGGAGCCUUCAAAUAUUCUAUACACCUUCAAAUAAUGAGGUGGUCAUUCCAAUUAGCAGCCAGCAAGACUUGGACAGUGCCGUUGAACUGGUGGAGCGCAGUGAGCAUAUGAAAAGUUUGCGAUUACGACUCCAAGCUGACAGUAAUUCUAACAGUCUAUCCCCUGCUAGCCAGCCCCCUGGUAAACUGGGGGAAAUAUUUCAAAACAAAACACAAAGUAGCUCAAAAACAGGGAACAAUAAUACUUUAAUUCGUGUUCCGGAGGGCAGAUACUCACCACCCCCAGGCACUGUACAACCACACGAAAAACAUUUUCAAAGUCAGAUCUCAAGACAUUCAGGCGAGGGCGAGUUUAUUCCAGAGGCUCAUAAUGAUGAGUAUGAAAGUCCAGACAGUUCAGUGUCAGGAAGUAGGACCUCCCUAGACAGUAGUUUUUACAGCACUCCUGGUGAUACCUUUAACCAUGGAGACACAUUUCCAUUGCGGGGAAAACCAACUAGUUCAAGACGAAGUGUUUACUCUGACACCACGUUUGAUGAACCAUCGUCGGGUGAUGGUCGUGUAAAAGGUGGCACUUAUCCUAGACGAUUUAAUAAUCCAACUGAACAAAUGGAACCAGAAGGUCGAAAAACAUUCCCUCGUGUGCGUGGUACAAAUCAUGAGUUGUAUCAGAAUGAGUUGCAGCAUAGGUAUGGGUCAUCCCGGGGUAGUGCGGGAUCACUCAGCACAAGUAGCAGCAGCAGCGGUCAAGUCCCCGAUUUUGACUCCCCCGAGGGUCGACGGAGACGUGAGAGUGAGUUAGAUUUAGCCGCCUUGGGUUAUCCACAACUCAGUCCUUCUUAUGUCUCCCCUAGAGCCCCUACUAACUGGAAGCGAGGAAAGAUUCUGGGUAGCGGAGCAUUUGGUCAGGUGUUUGUGUGUUAUGACGGAGACACUGGACGAGAGUUGGCAGUUAAGCAAGUUCCCCUUGGUACACCCACAUCAGAGACAUCAAAGGAAAUCAAAGCAUUAGAAUGUGAGAUCCAACUGUUGAAGAACAUUCAUCAUGACAGGAUAGUGCAGUAUUAUGGUUGCCAGGAAGAUGAAAAACAUCUAUGUAUCUUCAUGGACUACAUGGCUGGGGGCUCAGUGAAGGAUGAGUUACGCACAUAUGGUGCGUGUAAAGAGAAUGUUACGAGGAAGUACACACGUCAGGUUCUAGAGGGACUUGCCUACUUACACGAUAGACUUAUAGUACACAGAGACAUAAAAGGUGCCAAUAUACUUAGAGAUGCUGCAGGAAAUGUGAAGAUAGGAGAUUUCGGUGCCUCAAAAAGGCUGCAGACAAUAGCGACCUCUACUGGCAUGAAAUCUGUAAUUGGGACUCCCUAUUGGAUGAGUCCAGAGGUUAUCAAUGGCGAUGGUUAUGGCAGGAAAGCAGAUAUCUGGAGUGUCGGCUGUACAGUAGUAGAAAUGUUAACAAAAAAUCCUCCUUGGAUUGAAUUUGAGGCUAUGGCUGCCAUAUUUAAAAUAGCAACAACAGAUACACCUAAGUAUGAACUACCUAAAGAGACAUCAGAUGUAGCUAGAGAUUUUUUACGAAUUAUAUUCCGGAAAAAACAACAAGAACGUCCAACGGCGGAGGAAUUAUUAAGACAUAAAUUUUGUAAUGAUUUCUCAUAGUUACGCCAAUAUGUUUCGUUGUCUUAGUCUUUCAAAAGAGUUAUGUGUAAUGCUAAAAACAAGGAUGGUGUUUAAAGAAUAUUGGAAUAACCUCAUAAAUGUGUAUGGGACCCCAUAAACACUGACAAAAUGGACCCCAUAACAAAGCAGCAAAUUGAGGAUACUACACGGCAGCAGUUUUUAUGACACAUUAUAAAAAUACCUGAAGAUUUUUUCGCAAUCUAAUGGCUCUGGAAGACUUACUAGUGAUAUUACACAGGAACAAUUGCUCUGUCUGUGUUCAAUCACACUGGAUUGUUGGAGAAAACGUUCAUUCUUCUUCAGCGAGUUUGCCAAAUAUGCUGUCUGAAUUGAUUUAUAAAUCUGAAUCUGGAAGAUCGAUGCAAUAAGUUAGGUAUCAUAUGUAUGAAGAGUACACACACAUGUGUAAAUUACACACAUUUGUAGAAAAUACAUGUGCAGUGGUAUCAUGUGUGUUGAAUACACACAUGUAUGAUAUCACAUCUAUGGUAUCACACGUAUGUGAUAGAGUAAGAGGCAUCAGUUGUGCAUUGGCUCAUUGCAGUAUGCAAAUAUAUGACUUAUGCAGUUCCUGAUCUUAUGGUCAGUAUGCAGAAAUGGGAGAUAUCAUCAUAUAGCUUUGCUUACAGAUUGUUCAUGGUGGGGAUAUUUAGCAUGGUGGAGAUGUUUAGAUCCACAUUAUGUG